AUGCCUGCCCGUUGCUUUCAUGCCAACCCUCAGGUUGCUAGUUACGACUACGGUGUGCCUCGAAUCUACACACCUCGGCGGGGGACAGGGCAUCUACCCACCAUACCUGCAUGGCCAACCCUUUCCCCUUUCGGCAACCCAGCGAUGCCCCCUCAUUCGAUGACGAUGACUACUUCGACGCCCUUCGGGCAGGCCAAUCUUACUCUAUUCGGUCCUUCGAGAGAAGAUGGCGCGCCGCUAUGGAUGCCGGGCACAUUUCCACCUAUACCCUACGGCAUCGCAGUCCCAAUCCAGCUUAAUCCCCUGCUUAUCGUCAACCCCAACGACCCCAAUUGUCCACCUCUGCAAUGGGACGUCUCCCGACAACCAGACACAGCUGUCCAAUUCACCGGACGAGAGCUCUACAUGAAACCAGACUUGGACCAGGAAGCGGUUGCCCAAGACGUCCAUCGUAUAGUAAUACAUUCGGGUGCCCCCUCGCUCGCCUCAUGGAUGCAACGUUGGGGUCCGAUCGAGGUGACAAGCGCAGGCAAGAUCACGGCUUACGACGUGCUGAAAGCAGUAUACCAAUACUUGCAAAUACCCUUGACGCCUAGGGAAUACAAGAAAGCGAUCAAGCUUGACCCGGAGAAUGCGCGUCGUUUUCACGAAGCGGCGUACUGGAGGAUCGCAACUUCAUCGCAGAUAGCAUCCGUUGAACAAGCCCAAGGGCUGAAGCGAGUGGACGUGCUAGGAGAUUACAAAUACUUCCGAGGGUUCCGUCCCGUAUGGCAUGAGGGCCUAUGGGUAGUGAUCAUGGAAUUGGGUGCCAGAGGGGUUCCGAAUUACCCAAUGGUAUAUUGA